AUGAUCUUGCUGAUCCCGCGAUUUCUACGCGUACGAACGCUCUUGGCAGCCCUGACACUCGUUAUUUUUCUCACCUGGGCAAUAUUGGGAUUCAAAGUGUACAUCCCCAAACCUACCAUCUCGUCACCACAGGCCAUCACAAGCCUGACACACUCACAUAAACAAUUCUGGCGGGAGUUCCACGCCUUGUUAGAGAAACACGCGCCGAACACAGAGCCUAUCAUCGAAUAUGAGAAGGCAUCGACAGUAGGUUUCAAUGCUCACAAUGCACCUAUACGCCCAGAUACCCUCUACGUUCCGGCGGAAGACAUCAUCACCGUGAAAGAAGCGCAUGCCGGGUUCGUCAAUGCGAUCACCAACUCCCCACCCGAGCUCCCCUACAUCCACGGCACAAAAGGCAUAGUCUCAACAGCAGGGGGUUUCUAUCUCCCAGUGCUAGUGAUAUCCCUCCGCAUGCUCCGCCGAACGGGCUCCACGCUCCCGAUGGAGGUCUUUCUCUCCGACGAAGACGAGUACGAGCCCUACAUAUGCGAUGAAGUCCUACCUUCACUGAACGCGCGAUGCGUAGUCCUAUCCCGAAUACUCAUCGCCGCCCCAGCCCGAAUCCAGAAAUACCAAUUCAAGCCCUUCGCAAUGCUCUUCUCAUCCUUCGAAGAGAUCCUCUUCCUAGACGCAGAUGCCUUCCCCCUCGAGAAACCAGAGCAACUUUUCACCACCGAGCCCUUCCUCUCCAACGGAAUGGUCACAUGGCCCGAUUUCUGGGCCUCCUCUGUCUCCCCAAUCUUCUACGAUAUCGCAAACUACCCACCUCCACCAAUGGACCUGCGCCAGUCAACAGAAUCAGGCGAGGUCCUCGUCUCCAAAAGAUCUCACCUCCGCUCCCUCCUUCUCACAACUUACUACAACUACCACGGUCCCUCACACUACUACCCUCUCCUCUCACAAGGCGCCGCGGGCGAAGGCGACAAGGAGACCUUCGUCGCAGCCGCGACCGCCAUGCACGAAUCCUUCUACCAAGUCAGCGAGUCUAUUUGUGCUCUCGGACACGGAAUAAACGGUGGCAUAGCCGGCUCCGCAAUGGCGCAGUUUGAUCCCGUGCAGGACUUUGCCCUAACCAAUCGCGGGAUAUGGCGUGUCAAAGGCAAUGAAGCCCCCGCACCACCCGUCUUCUUCAUACACGCCAACUUCCCCAAGUUUAACCCUGCCACCGUCUUCGAGCCCCAUGAGGUUAAUCCCGCAUUUACAGAUGAGGGUACUUAUACGCGGGCCUGGACGCUGCCGGUAGAUGUUGUACGCGGGUUUAAUAGUAAUGUUGAUGUUGAGAAGGGGUUUUGGGAGGAGAUUCUUUGGACGGCUUGUAAGCUUGAGGAUAAGUUUCAGAGUUGGGUUAUGUAUGAGGGGAUUUGUGAUGGGGUGAAGGAUUACUGGCACACUGUCUUUGGGGAGGAUUGA